AACUUUUUCACUACCAACUAUGAUCAACGGUGUUCAUAGAGUCCUGCUUUGUUAGUUAACAUAACCUAAUUUCUGUUGUGUUUUUCGAUUAAAAAGGUCCCGCGUUUUACAUUUUACACCGUUAUAAUACUAUUUAGACGAUUUAUUUAGUUUUGUUGCAAACGGCUGUGUGGGUUUUACAUUAAUUAGUUUUUCUUUUUUAAUAAUUUUAUUAUUUUUUAAAUUUAUAUUGUUAUUAAAUGGGAAUGCACGUGGUGGGAUUGAAUUUUGGGGUAUCGAGAGCUAGUUGUCAAGAGGUGGGGUGCAGGUUAUUUGAAAAGGGCUAAUCCAGAUCAACUCCAUGAAAUCUUCAACAAAUACGCGUCGGUCGAAAAGAACGGCGAAAAAUUUAUGACCGCCGAAGACUUCGUGCGGAAAUAUCUCGGCCUUUUCAACGGGACCGAUUUCAACCAAGAUUCCGUGCGUAUGUUGGCUUCCAUCGUUGACACCAGCAAAGAUGGGUUCAUCUCGUACUCCGAAUUCCAAGCGUUCGAAGGCCUUUUAUGUUACCCCGAUGCACUUUAUAAAACGGCGUUUCAACUUUUCGAUGUUAACGGAAAUGGAAUGGUUAGUUUUUCCGAGUUCGUGGAGGUGAUGAAAAAAACCGAACUACAUCUUAGAAUCCCGUUUAAUAUCGAAUCGACAUUCGUUGAGUUGUAUUUUGGAAAGAACCGCCAACGAUUAAUAACAUACAGCGAGUUUAGUCAAUUCAUUCACGAUUUUCAUGAAGAAUACGCGAUUGAAGGUUUUCGCAGAGCUGAUAAAGAUGGAUCUGGUUUCAUUUCCGUUUUGGAUUUUCACGAUAUUAUGCUCAGCAUUAAGAGUCAUUUAUUAACGAAGCAAGUUCAAUCGCAUUUAAUUGAGGCUGCUAGCGGAAGCCAAACGGGUAGGAGAGUUAGUUUCCCCUAUUUCAUCGCUUUUAAUUCCCUUUUAAAUAAUAUGGAGCUUGCGAAACGUAUUUAUUUAAAUGUUACGAGCGGUCAUCGCGCGCAAGAAGUCACCAAAGAAGAGUUUAUGCAUUCUGCACAAGCUAUGUCUCAAAUGACGCCGCUGGAAGUUGAUAUUUUAUUCCAAUUGUGUGAUAUUUUACAUCAAAGCGGUCUCUAUUAUCGAUUAGAAGAUUGCGGAUUGUGGGAUGGCCGCAUCGUCUACAACGAUCUAAACGCAAUAGCACCAGAGCAAUAUUUUAAACAAAUCACAAAUAGGUUAGCAGAAAUUAAAGCAGUCUCCAGUCCCGAAGACAGAGGAAUUUUAAUCCAAAUAUUAGAAAGCACUUAUCGCUUUACAUUGGGUUCCAUCGCCGGAGCCGUUGGGGCCACGGCGGUUUACCCAAUUGAUCUGGUGAAAACGCGGAUGCAAAAUCAAAGAGCUGGAUCUUUCAUCGGCGAAUUAAUGUAUCGAAAUAGUUUUGAUUGUUUUAAGAAAGUGGUGAGACACGAAGGCGUUUUUGGGCUUUACCGAGGGUUAGUGCCUCAAUUAAUGGGAGUUGCGCCGGAAAAAGCCAUCAAAUUAACCGUUAAUGAUUUCGUUCGUGAUAAAUUGUAUGAUAAAAAUGGAAAUAUUCCAAUUUGGGGGGAAAUUUUAGCGGGGGCUUGUGCUGGGGGUUCACAAGUAAUCUUUACAAACCCUUUAGAAAUAGUUAAAAUUCGUUUGCAAGUUGCUGGGGAGAUAGCUGGAGGAAGUAAAGUACGUGCUUGGUCGGUUGUGAAAGAUUUAGGAUUAUUCGGUCUUUAUAAAGGGGCGAAAGCUUGUUUAUUGCGAGAUGUCCCAUUCAGCGCGAUUUAUUUUCCCGCUUAUGCCCACAUGAAAGCGAAAUUAGCGGAUGAAAACGGUUAUAAUCGCCCUAUUUCGUUACUGGUUGCUGGAGCGAUUGCCGGUAUCCCGGCUGCAUCCCUCGUUACACCAGCUGAUGUUAUAAAAACUAGGUUGCAGGUGGUGGCUAGAGCGGGUCAAACAACUUACUCGGGCGUUUUUGAUGCUGCGAAAAAAAUUAUGGCAGAAGAAGGACCCAGAGCUUUUUGGAAAGGAGCUAUGGCUCGCGUUUUUAGAUCUUCGCCCCAAUUCGGAGUUACACUAGUUACAUAUGAGUUAUUACAAAGAGCUCUUUAUGUUGAUUUUGGUGGAACACGCCCAACUGGAUCUGAAUUUAAAGUUCCUGUUGUUGGAUUAGAGCAAGAUGUGAAAUCGCGAAACCCAGAUCACAUCGGUGGAUAUCAAGUUGCGUUACCAAUCUUUUCCGGUAUUGAGACAAAGUUUGGAAUUUGCUUGCCCAAGUUUACUGCCGCAACGAUAACGAGGAACGUUGUCGCAAAUUAAUUAAUUAAGAAUUGAUGAUGUAAAUAAAUAUUUCUUUAAUAGGAAAGGAAAAAAGACACUGUGAUAAAUGUGUCGGAAAAAGAAACGAAAUUGGCUGUAUAUUAAUUAAUUUAAAUUUUAAUAAAAGAAUACGAAUUUGUUAUUGAAGCUA